AUGACCUCUUUUAAAGAAAAACAAAUUUUAGAUAGUACAUUUAUGCUAACUUUUAAGAAACAAGGGCAAAUAUAUCAUACUGCAGGCAGUUUAUACCCCGUGGAUUCAAGUGAACCAAAGUUUUUACAAAUAUACUUUGUAGGUGAUGACAAUUCAGAAGUUGAAUUAAUGCAUAAAAAUAUUCUUAACCUUGACCCCAUAAUUGCUGCUAUAGAUUCACAAGAAUAUGAAAAUAUCGAAAAUUUAAAUAUAGUUAUACAUACAGAACGAGUAACCAAUGGCAAUCAUCCUGGAUGUUUUAAUGCACCUUCAGUUAAUGAAGUCGGUAUCGUAAUAGACGGUCAACAAUUUGAAAAGCGUGAUAUAAUUCUGAAUGGUCAUAAUUAUAUACAUUUGCAAGACUCUAUUAAUAAUGACAUUGAUUCUAAAGAAAUAGGACAGUUAGUUGUUUUGCCAUCCUUAUUUACAGGUGGUCCAAGAUACAUGCAUGAAAGGACCCAGGAUGCUAUGACUUAUGUAAGAUUAUAUGGAAAACCAGAUAUAUUUUUAAUAUUUACGUGCAAUCCAAAUUGGUCUGAAAUAAAGGAAAACUUAUUCCAUGACCAGCGGUCACAAGACAGACAUGAUUUAAUUGCCCAAUGGCAAAAGCGAAGUUUGCCACAUGUUCACAUUUUAAUUUGGUUGGAAAAUAAAAUCCGACCUGACGAUAUAGAUUCCCUUAUAUGUGCUGAAAUUCCUGACCCAAUACAAGAUCCAAUUUUACACGAAAUAGAAAGAAAAAAUAUGAUACAUGGUCCAUGUGGUACCUUUAAUGUCAACAGCAAAUGCAUGUAUAAUGGAAAAUGCACAAAAAAAUUUACUACUACAACUAUAAUUGGAGAAGAUGGUUAUCCCAAUUACAGAAGAAGAUGUAUUAAAAGUGGAGGAUUCAGUGUGAAAAUUAGUUGUAAUGGUGUAUCUAUUGAUAUUGAGAAUCAAUGGGUAGUACCGUAUAAUCCAGUUCUUCUAAGAUUAUUCGAUGCUCAUAUAAAUAUUGAACAUUGUAAUUCCAUUAAAGCUAUUAAAUAUAUUUGCAAAUAUAUUAAUAAAGGUUCAGAUCAGGCGACAUUUUCUGUAGAAAACCAAAGUAAAGAUGAAAUAACUGAAUAUCAAUCUGGUAGAUACAUUAGUUCUUCAGAAGCUCGAGUGUAUUUUACCACAAAUAAUGUUGCUGAAAAGAUAAGCAAACCACCAACAACUACUCUUACUGCAUUUUUUGAAUUUUGUAAAACUGAUAGUUUUGCAAAAACUUUAUUAUACCACAAGGUGCCAACAUAUUAUACUUACAACAAUUCAAAAUUCAACAGAAGAAAACGUGGUACACCUGUUGAUGGUUAUAAAGGUAUAAUGAGAGACACGACAAUAGGAAGAUCCACAUGUUUAGCUUUAGGUCUUCUAGAAGAUGAUAAACAUUGGGAUGAUACUAUGUCUAAAGCCAAUCUAACAAAAAAUUCAUCAAAGAUUCAAAAUUUAUUUGCUAUUUUAAUAUCCUUUUAUUUAGAGUUAGAUUUCACAGCCUACGAUCAAAACAAGGCAUUAAUUUCUAUAGAAGACCAAGUCUUAUCGUGCGUAGGAAAAUCUUUAAAAGAUUUUGGAUUGCCAAAACCUCACAAAGAUAACAUAAAAAUCAUAAGUCAUGCUCCUGGAGGCACUGGAAAAACAUUUAUUAUUAAUUUGUUGUUAGCAAAAAUCCGAUCAUCCGGUAAAAUUGCUAUAGGUGUGGCAUCAUCGGGAAUAGCAUCAACGUUAAUCCACGGUGCCAAAGUAUUAAUCGAUUGUGUACUAAUUGUGUGGGAUGAGUGCACAAUGGCUCAUAAAUCGGGUGUAGAGUCUUUAGAUCGAACACUACGGGAUAUUCGGUCAUCGGAUAAAACUAUGGGAGGCAUCACGUUAGUAUUUGCGGGUGAUUUUAGACAAACAUUACCGGUUGUUCCACGAGGAACAAGAUCUGAUCAAAUAAAUGUGAGCCUAAAAUCAUCUACGAUUUGGUUGAAAGUCAAAAAAUUGUCUCUUACUGUAAAUAUUCGAACCAAAUUAACAGGAGAUUUACACGCAGGAGAAUUUUUUACAUUACUCUUAAAAAUUGGUAGUGGGACUGUAAAUGAUAAGGAUGGGUACAUCACAAUUGUAGAAAACCUAGUAGUAUCGACAAAUUCGUUGGAACAACUCAUACAAAAUGUGUACCAAGAUAUUAAUAAUUUGAAAAAUCUAAGUAGUGGAUGGUUAUGCGAACGCGUUAUUUUGACAACCACAAAUAACCGAGCUGACUCAAUAAACUCGCUAAUAAUUAGUGGAUUUCAAGCACUAGAAAUGAAUUACUUUUCUAUCGAUACAGUUGUUGAUAGUGAAGAAUCUGUACAUUUUCCUACCGAGUUUUUAAAUUCACAAACACCAUCUGGUAUGUCCCCUCAUAAAAUAUCACUGAAGGUGGGAGUUCCAAUCAUAUUAUUGAGAAAUUUGAAUUCUCCUAGAUUAUGUAAUGGGACUAGGCUCCGUGGAACCUCUCUUACAAAAAAUAUAAUUGAAGCUGAAAUUUUGACCGGAUGUGCUAAAAGUGAAAAAGUAUUUUUACCGAAAAUACCAUUAUACACCAACGAUUUUCCAGUUAAGUUUAGAAGAAUUCAAUUUCCAAUAAAAGUCUGUUUUGCAAUGACAAUAAACAAAGACCAAGAGGAAAAAGAUGAAGACAUAAAGGACAAAUUCUAUGAAGAACUAGAAAGUGUAUAUGGCACUUUACCGUUGCACAGUAUAAAUAUAGUAGUAGGUGAUGUGAACGCGAAGGUUGGAAAAGAACAUAUGUAUAGACCGGUUAUAGAACCUAACAGUCUACGUGAAAUUAAAAAAAUAUACACAAACUCACUUGGAAAUCCCCUGACGGAAGAACAUUUAAUAAAAUUGACCACAUACUUAUCGACAGUUAUCGACAGGAGAUUUAGGGGAUGCAUAAGGAAUGUGAGAACGUAUAGAGGAGCUGAUGCAGACUCAGACCACUACCUAGUGUAUGCGAAAUUUAACCUGAGACUGGCAACAAAAUGGAAUUUGGAAAAAAAAGAAACCUACAACAAAGAAGGACAUAUAAAAAUUAAAUGA